AUGAGCCGCCGGACCGCAGCAGCUUUACCCCCCGGGGCCUCCAAGUGCGCGCCGCCCCGGAGGGUGCCCACGGUGGCCGGCACCACAGCGUCCAACCACGACUUGGCCAGCCUUUUCGAGUGCCCCGUGUGCUUUGACUACGCGCUGCCACCCACGCUUCAGUGUCAGAGGGGCCAUCUUGUCUGCAGCAACUGUCGCCCAAAGCUCACCUGUUGUCCAACCUGCCGGGGCCCCUUGGGAUCCAUUCGCAACUUGGCUAUGGAGAAAGUGGCCAACUCAAUACUUUUCCCUUGUAAGCAUGCAAUUUCGGGAUGUGAAAUAAUUCUGCCCCACACAGAAAAAGCAAACCACGAAGAGCUGUGCGCGUUCCGGCUGUACCCCUGCCCCUGCCCCGGCGCGUCCUGUAAAUGGCAAGGCUCCCUGAACGCUGUCAUGUCGCAUCUGGCGCAUCAGCACAAGUCCAUCACGACCCUGCGGGGAGAGAAUAUAGUCUUCCUUGCUACAGACAUCAAUCUUCCCGGGUCUGUGGACUGGGUGAUGAUGCAGUCGUGCUUUGGCUUUCACUUCAUGUUAGUCUUGAAGAAACAGGAGAAGUAUGACCGGCACCACCAGUACUUUGCAAUUGUGCAGCUGAUAGGAACACGAAAGCAAGCUGAAAAUUUUGCUUAUCGCCUUGAGCUAAGUGGUCAUAAGCGGCGAAUGACAUGGGAAGACACCCCUCGAUCUAUUCAUGAGGGAAUUGCAACAGCCAUUAUGAGUAGUGACUGUCUAGUCUUUGACACCAGAAUUGCACAGCUUUUUGCAGAAAGUGGCAAUUUAGGCAUCCAUGUAACUAUUUCCCUGCGUUGAAAUGGCAGUCAAACAUUUUUUGGCCAGUGUUUCAAACCCAUUGCCUUCAAUUUCAGAGAAUAGGCACCCUUCUGCCUGCCAACCUGAAACUUUU